AUGUCAAACCGAGUCAAUAUUCGAACUGUUACCGGAAAUAAACAUAGUCCAUUACUACCAAGUAAAUUUCAACGUGUACAAAAUCGAGCUGCAGCUAUCUGGGAUGCAUGGAAUGAAGAUGGACGUGGUCUCGCUUUGGAAUUGGUGGCUCAUCUACACAGAAUUUCAGCCGAACAAAUCUAUUAUGAUAUUUAUGGAAAUCCAUCAGAUGUUGAUAAACGAUUUGGUAUUGAAGAUUCGACGAAAUUGGAACGGACUCUGCACGUAUGUCUGAAAGAAAUUGAGCAAGGAAUUGAUUCAUCCUUAGUAGCUGUUGCUAACCAUGUACCGUUUUAUCUGAUACAUCAACUUCAAGAUCCAAGGGAUAUCAAAACAUUGGCUAAUGACUUUCUUCGAAAAAUGAACAACAAACUCGAAGAAGUUCAACAGAAACAUCGUCAGCAGUUGUUUGAAUCUAUCGAUCGUAUGGUCAAACAAAAUAAUCACUCUGAAUCAUUAACAAUUUCUACUAAUGAUCAACAAACAAUUAAUAAACAUUCAAUGCGACCAUAUCACCGAACGUCAAUAUCUUCAGUUUCGGAUUUGAUGAAUUGGAGUUGUUUAAACCAACAUGGUAUUGGUCUUGAAAAUUGUGGACGAAAAAAAAGUCAACAAAAUAUAUGUUAUUUGAAUGCCAUAAUUCAAUGUUUAGCUAAUACUGCUCCAUUUGCACAAUGGUUACUUCGUGAUGCUAAUAAUGAUCAAUGUACGUAUGUUUUCCAUGAAAGAAGUUGUUAA